AUGGAUGAAGAUAAAUCUGGCUCAAGAUUACUAUUAGGUCAUACUUUAUUCAAUACAGUGUUUGAUAUAUUGAAAAAAGGUGAACCAACAAUUCCAAAAUUGGAAAGAUACAAAACAAAUGAUCGUAUUUAUCACGCAGGUUAUGACGGUGAUUCAAAUGUCGUAUUCACUGAAGAAUACCUAUCAAGCUUUUUACAAUUAACAGAUGAUGAAGUCAACAGUUUGAAGAAAUCUCAUGAAUUGGUUGUUAAUGAAUUACCAGAAUCUGUUCCAAAACAAUUAUAUAAAGGUAAUGGUAUUGUUUAUGUUGGUGGAGGGAAAUUCAAUUGGUUAGCUUUAUUAUCAAUCAAAUCAUUAAGAAGUUUAGGCUCAAAUUUACCAAUUGAAGUCGUGAUACCUACAGUGGAUGAAUAUGAAACUGAUUUAUGUGGUAGAAUUUUCCCAGCAUUAAAUGCUAAAUGUAUCUUGUUAGAACAUGCCUUGGGUGAAGAAGCGGUUUCCAAAUUCAAAUUUAAAGGUUAUCAAUAUAAGGCCUUGGCUUUAAUCGUAUCCUCUUUUGAAAAUGUCUUGUUGAUAGAUGCUGAUAAUAUCCCAGUCCAUGCUCCAGAUUAUUUGUUUGAAAAUGAACCAUUCAUCAAUACAGGUUUGAUCACAUGGCCAGAUUUUUGGAGAAGAGCUACAUCUCCAGAUUAUUACAAGAUUGCAAAUAUCCCUAUUGGUGAAGAAAGAGUUAGAUUUGGUUAUGAUGAUCGUGAAAAGGGCUCUAAGGAAGUUCCACUACAUGACAGAGUAGGUGCUAUUCCUGAUCCAACUUCAGAAUCUGGUCAAUUGAUGAUUUCAAAAACUUCACAUACUAAAGAAUUAUUUUUGGCAUUAUACUAUAAUCUAUAUGGUCCUGAUUAUUAUUAUCCAUUAUUUUCCCAAGGUUCAGAUGGUGAAGGUGAUAAAGAAACUUUCUUGGCCGCUACAGUGGCUUUAAACUCUUCUUAUUAUCAAGUCAAAAAAUUCUUGAAUGCAUUUGGUCAUUUUAAUAUUGAUCAUGAUUUUGUUGGGACAGGUAUGGGACAAUAUGAUCCUGUAGAGGAUUAUAAUUUAGAAUUAUCUAAGAAAAGACAAAAAGAAACUUCCAAAGAAUUAAAUCAAGAAUUACAACCAGUUACAAAACAACCAAGAAUCUUGUUUGUUCAUGCUAAUUUCCCAAAAUUGAAUCCAAUCACUUUGAAAGAUGAAGGUAAAAUCUUUGAAAGAACAGGUGAUAGAAUCAGAUUAUACGGUCCAGGUAUGGCUAAGAGAGUUGGUUAUGAUUUUGAAUUAGUUCAAUGGAGAAAUAUGCAUUUCUUGGUUUGUGAAUUAAAAGUUGAAGUUGAAGCUUUUAAUGGUAAUGACUAUACUAAAGUUUGUAAAGAAAUCAUUGAUCAAUUGGAACAUUUAGAAGCAACUGUUAAGGAUAAUGAAAGAGAUUGA